ACCUUCUCUCCAAAAUCGCACCAAAAACGCCACUCAUUUUAUAGUACGGAAUGACUCAUGUUGCAAUUAGUGCCGCGAAAGGACAUUCUAAUGGCGGGAAUCGAAGAAGACGUAAACAAAUGGAAGUUAAGAAACAAAUUGACGACGAUUCUCUUAUGGCCAGUUCUUCGGGCGAUGUUACAUGGCUGGAACAAACGUUAAGAAGUAAUUUUAAAAAGGCGCUCAGUCAGACUAAAAAACAAGGUUUUAGCACAAUACAUCUGGCUGCAAUGAAUGGACAUUUGGAGUGCUUGAGAAUUCUUAUAGAAAAACAAGGAGUUCCAGUUGACUUGGAAAGCGAGACGGGAUGGAGAGCUGUACACCUUGCUAUCAAUACAAAAAACAAAACAAAUUCUCUGAAGUGUCUGAUAUACUUACUAGAACAUGGUGGUGAUCCAUCAAAACCAAAUUACAAUGGUUUCACCCCAGUACACCAAGCAGCGUCUACAGGCCAUGUUAAUUGUCUUAGAGCACUUAUUGAUGCUGGAGCGAUGAUCAAUUCUCUCGACUCUGAUAAUCUGUUACCAGUUGACUAUGCGCGUAUAUGGGGCCAUAGAACAUGUGUUAGGGUAUUGAACGCUCACCAGUGGCAUAUUGAUAAAGAAGAUGAACUAAAACACAAAAUAAAGAUUGCAGAGGAAAAUGAACAUAUGCAAGAGGAGAUUCAGAGGUUGGAUCUGGAGGAAAAAUCGCAUAAAGUUGAAAGGUGUAAGACAGCCUUUGCACAGUGGUUGGAUAGCAAGGGAUUAUCAGACACACUUGAGUGCUAUGAACCAUUUUCUGUCAAGGUUGUUGACCCUAAAUCUGGUCCAAAACCAAAGAAAAGCCCUUCUCCAGUUCUACCAAAGGUUCAUGCAACUGGCAUGAUUGCAAAUUCAUCAAUACCGGAACUUCCGCUUGAGUUGAAAUCUCUUUAUCAUCAAUAUAUGGACGAGUUUGAAGAGGAGAAACGUCUGGACUUAAUACCACUUGCAAACAACUCUGCAUCUAAGAGACGACAGAGAGCACAAGAUACAUUAAAGGCUAUGAGAGAUGCUGGUCGUUAGAUUUGAAGCUAAAUAAUGA